AUUGACGUAACGCUCGCGCUCGGACCUCCUCUGCAGCUCUGCGGACAGACUUCUCUUGGCCACGGCUCGAGCUCCUGGCGUUGCGGUGUUGCGGCGCGCGGACCGACUUCCGCAACAGGGUUCCGGCCCUCUGGCGCCUGGCAGCCGCCGGCUCCCUUCACCCAGAGCCAUGGCCGCCCCGGGUGGGUCGGAAGCUGCUGGACGCUGCCCCCUUCUCAGCUUCCUUUUGCUUCUGCUGAUCGCGGGCCCUGCCCUUGGCUGGAAAGACCCUGACAGAAUAUUGUUGCGGGAUGUAAAAGCUCUUACCCUCCACCAUGACCGCUACACCACCUCUCGUAGGCUGGAUCCGAUCCCACAACUGAAAUGUGUUGGAGGCACAGCUGGAUGUGAUUCUUAUACCCCAAAAGUCAUACAGUGUCAGAACAAAGGUUGGGAUGGUUAUGAUGUACAGUGGGAGUGUAAGACCGAUUUAGAUAUUGCAUAUAAAUUUGGAAAAACUGUGGUGAGCUGUGAGGGCUAUGAAUCCUCUGAAGACCAGUAUGUACUAAGAGGUUCCUGUGGCUUGGAGUAUAACUUAGAUUAUACAGAACUUGGCCUGAAGAAAUUGAGAGAGUCUGGAAAAAACCAUGGCUUUAACUCUUUCUCCGAUUAUUAUAACAAGCUAUACUCACCAGAUUCUAGUGGCAUCAGUGGAUUGAUUACCAUCGUAGUACUACUUGCUAUUGCUUUUGGAGUUUAUAAAUUGUUCCUUAGUGAUGGUCAAGAUUCUCCUCCACCAUAUUCUGAGUAUCCUCCAAAUUCCCACCGUUAUCAGAGAUUCACCAACUCAGCAGGACCCUCUCCCGCAGGCUUUAAGUCUGAAUUCACAGGACCACAUGAUGCCGCUCCUGGUUUUGGCAGUGCUUUCACAGGACAACAAGGAUAUGACAAUUCAGGACCAGGGUUCUGGACUGGCUUGGGAACUGGAGGAAUAUUAGGAUAUUUGUUUGGCAGCAAUAGAGCAGCAACACCCUUUUCAGACUCAUGGUACUACCCGUCUCCUUCGUACUCUAGCACAUGGAGUAGCCGUGCUUACUCACCCCUUCGUGGAGCCCCAGGUAGCUAUUCGGCAUAUUCAAGCUCCGAGACAAGAACCAGAACGGCAUCGGGAUAUGGUGGUACCAGAAGACGUUAAGAGAGUAAAAAGUUGAAGUCAAACACUGGAUGCAAAAUUUCUGAUUUUUCAUCACUUUCUUUUAAAAAGCUACCUGCUAACACCUGGGGAAGGGGAAUAUGUAAAAGUUGUGUGGUUUUUUUGGUCCUGUAUUGCUUUUUGUGCUCUGUUACUUGAGACUAACAGUUGAUUUGUGAGAAAAUGCUUCUGUAGAGAAUUGUAUGUUACUGUAAUGUUCAGUUGUGUUUUACAGUUUGAAAGUGAUGAUUACUGUGGAAAGCUGAAAAUAUAUUAAUUUCUAAAACCUAUGACAUCAUUAAGAAUGAAGUCUUUGUGAACAUUAUACGCUGGGUACAGAAAACAUCAAUCUUAACGUGGCUUUAGUUGAUGAGUCAUUACCUUAUAAAAACGAUAAUAAUCUAUUUGGUAUUUGUGUGGUGUUUACUGUUCUUCAAACAUUUAAACCAAGCUUUGAAUCACCAAUUAUACUUAUCUGUAUGUUCUGAUCACUUUUGAGCUCAGGAGCUUUGAAUCCUUCGGUGGUGGUGGGGUUCAGUUAAGUGAGAAUGACCUUUUUUUGGAAAAGGUGGAAAAUAAGUAUCUAGAAAGUUGUUGUGAAUGAUUUGUGUACUGACAAAGGUAUUCAUUUCUUAAGAAGUAAAAUUUAAAUGCUUCAGCAAAGGUGUUUUACUAGCAAAAGCAUGCAGUUCCCUGUGGGCUCUCCAGUGUUGUGUAGCAAUCUGUUCCAAUCUUACAUUAAAAUGACUGGAAAAAUAAAAACAAGGGGUUUCAUUCUUAUUCUUUCUACCAGCCUUGACACAAAUUGGUGUUACUUUUUGGACCCUUUUCCUUUAAGGGAUUCAUGCAGAAGCUCUGUCUCCCUAAUUUCCCGUGGUAGUCUUGCCUUAGCUACCAGUCCCUCGGUAAUUGCCUUCAAAAAAGUAAUUCAGAAAUGGCACGGAAGGAAGCCUCUGCUAAAACAUGACUUACAAACAACAAACAAACAAACAAGAAAGAAAUCUCCAAGCCUCUGAACUCUCAAAGAUUGCAUCAUCUGUCUUAGUUAAGCUUUGCAACCUGAGAGUCUCAUUUUUGCCUUUUGUGAAUCAUUUAAAAGCAAACCUUUGUUUAUUCUUUAAAAUGUGAUUUAGGGACUAGUUGAAGCAAUAUUGUGAACACAACUGCUCUUUCAUCAGUAAAACUUGGUAGAAAUCUUAAUUUAUGUCACAGAGGAAACAGUUUUUAUGUUGCACUAAAUCCUUACCCCAUUUCUCCUUAGUAAAAGGAGAUGGAAUAAAAGAAAAUCCGUUUAUUGCCUUUCCCCCCAUUUGCUUAUAGUGUUUUGGGUUUGAAUUUACUUUUUACUGUAGGAGUCGAUAAUCUUGAACUGAGUAUGUUUUACUUGAAGAGCAAUGUAAAAAAAAUUGUUAAUUUAAAACUGCUGUGGAUUGUGCCCGCAAUAGCGAUCUGCAUAUAAAAUUUGCUGUUCUUUUUUUAAUGAAGGGAUUUUUUUUUUAAAUUGAAGUAUAGUUACCACACAAUGUUAACAUUAGUUUCAGGUCCGAUUUCUAUUUUUUGGACGCAUUAUUUGAGGUCAUUGGAAUUUUAAGAAAAUAAUGAAUGAAUGUAGAGUUGACUAAAUCGGUGGCUUUAGAUUGCUUUCAGGAGCACUAGGGGUGUUCUUUGAGGCUCUUUGAAAUUCUGCCUGGAGGGAAGGAAGGGAAAAAAACUGGGCGCAUAAGGCUCAAAGAUCCUCUGCCCCCAACCUCCACUAGGGUGUUCCUCCUCUAUUGUUGUGUGUUUACAUUUCCUUGUUAUUUGUAGAAAAGAUUCUGAGGUCUCACCUUCAAAAUCUAAGACUCAGAAUGAAAGACAGUACAACUGGGUCUCAUUAGUGUGCUGAUGGCCCCCGAUAAGGGGAUAGCACCAAGGGAAAGUAGGUCCUGAAGUUGGGAGCUUGGUGGACCUGGUUGGGUGGGCAUGAAAAGGAGAAAGGAAAGGUGAGAGGGGGCUUUAUAGUUGUACUCACAUGAGGGUUCAGCAGAACUUCAGAUGUUAGGGUGGGAUUGCUGGUAAUUGAACCAGUUAGGUGUGUUUCUGUAGUUUCAUGAAUGCUUCUCUCUGAAGCUCCUUGAUCUCUUGCAUUCUGACCCCUUGUCCUCCAAGGCUGGCUUAAGUUUAUCUACUGUUUUUCCAUGACACCUUGUACACACUUUUAUUAUUGUACUUAGUAUAUUUCGCUGUAACUACUUCUUAAGUGUAGAUCUUUCUUACAACUCUGAGCUCUUUAGGGAAGGAGGCCAAAUAUUACUUCUUCCUGCCCGUUGCAGCUAGGGCAUAGUCCUGUGACUAAUUCUGUCAAUAUUUUUGUCAGAUGUUCCCUCUAGGUCUAUGGAGACAAUGGCGCAAAGACCUCAGGAUAGUUAAGAGAUUAUUCCCAGGAGUGAUAGAGUAGUCAAAAGAUUUAGUGGAGGUAUUGGUGAGUGUCUGGUGGUCCUUCCUAGAGAGACACAUUAACUGGUUGGUUGCUGUGGUAUGUGCUGGCUGGGUUGUGUGCUGCCUGGAUACCCAUGCCUGAAAACCUGCCACUUCUAAGCCUGGUUUUCCAGCCUUCCCUUUGGUUCUUUGAGCUAAUUAAUACAAAUAUUAAUAAAUUCCUUUUCUGCCCAAUUUAGUAGAGUCAUUUUCUGUUCUUUGUUACUAAGAACCUUUUAUGUAUGAUGAACUUCCAAAGAUUCUUUAAUUGUAAGCAACAGAUACUGGCUAAUUGUAAUAAAACAUGUGGUUCACUCCUAACCCCUGUUCCUCCCUGUUAAUUUGUUCUCUAAACAGUGGUUCUCAACCUUGAAGGAGCAUCCGAAUCACUAGAGUGGUUUAAAUACAGAUUGCUUGGCCCUACCCUCAGAGUUUCUGAUUUAGCAGGUAUAAUGGUCAGUUUUAUGUGUCACCUUGGUUAGGUUAUAAUUAUUAAACACUCUUAAGGAUAUUGCUGUGAAGAUAUUUCAUAGAUGUGAUUAAUAUGUACAAUCACUUGAUUUUAACUAAAGGAGAUUAUCCUUGGGGAUCUGGGUGGGCCUGUUCCAAUCAGUUGAAAGGCCUUGGGAGCAGACCUAAGAUUUCCUGGAAGAAGGAUUCUGCCUGUGGAUAGCAGCUUCACUCAAAAAAUGGCAUGUGCCCUUCCUAAUGGUUUGCCCUAUGGACUUUGGACUUGCUUAACUAGCCCUUACAAUUAUGUAAGUCAGUUCCUUCCAAUAAAUCUCUUCAUAUACA